UAGCUCAGUCCGGUGAGUCACCGAGUGCGCGCGGUACUGUGGAGAGCGAGACCGCUUACGGCGGUGGAGAGUGAGCUAAAACAACACCGGAGAGCUCGAGCAUGGCGGUCGAGGAGGAAGGACUGCGGGUCUUCCAGAGCGUCAAAAUUAAAAUCGGUGAGGCCAAGAACAUUCCUCCCUAUCCGGGUCCCAAUAAAAUGAGGGAUUGUUACUGCACAGUGAACUUGGACCAGGAGGAGGUUUUCAGAACCAAAACCAUGGAGAAGUCUUUAUGCCCGUUCUACGGCGAAGACUUCUAUUGUGAAAUCCCGCGCAGUUUCCGACAUCUGUCUUUCUACAUCUUUGACAGAGAUGUGUUCAGGCGGGACUCCAGUAUCGGUAAAGUAGCAGUGAAGAAGGAAGACCUGCAAAAAUACCACGGUAAAGACCACUGGUUCCCGCUGCACUCCGUCAGUGCUGAUUCAGAAGUCCAGGGAAAAGUUCACCUGGAACUGCGUCUCAGUGAGGUCAUCACCGACAGCGGAGUCAUCUGCCACAAGCUGGCAACACGGGUUUUGGAGUGUCAGGAUCUGCCGAUAGUGAACGGUCAGUGCGACCCGUACGCUGCAGUGUCAUUACUCGGCCCUUCCAGGUCAGAGGCCAAGAAGACCAAAGUCAAACGUAAAAACAACAAUCCUCAUUUUGAUGAAACCUUCUUCUUUGAGGUGACCAAACCGCUAAGCUACACCAAACGCCAGUUUGAUGUAGAAGAAGAUGAUGUGGACAAACUGGCUCUCAAGGUGGACCUGUGGAACGCCAGCAACAUGAAGUUCGGAGACGAAUUUCUGGGAGAGGUACGGGUGCCCCUGAGGGUGCUGGGACAGUCGGGCGUUCACGACGCAUGGUACUUCCUUAAGCCCAGAGACAACAGCAACAAGUCUGUUAAAGCUGAUGAGUUGGGAUCGCUAAGACUCAACAUCGUUUACACCGAGGACCACGUGUUCCCUACGGAGCAUUAUAACCCGCUAAGAGACCUGCUGCUGCACUCUGCGCACUUCCAGCCCGUCUCCGCAUCUACCGCGCACAUCUUGGGCGAGGUGUGCCGAGAGAAACAGGAAGCCGCCGUCCCUCUGGUCCGACUCUUCCUGCACUACGGGAAAAUCGUGCCUUUCCUCAGUGCCAUUGCCCACGCCGAGAUCAAUCGCACACAGGAUCCCAACACAAUUUUCAGAGGAAACUCCCUCACGUCUAAAUGCAUCGAUGAGACCAUGAAACUAGCUGGGAUGCAUUACCUGCAGGUCACGCUGAAGCCCAUCAUAGAUGAAAUUUGCACUGACCACAAACCAUGUGAGAUCGACCCCGUCAAGCUAAAAGAGUCUGAGAAUCUGGAUACAAACAGGGAAAACUUGCGGCAUUACGUCGACCGCAUCUUCAAUGUCAUCACCUGCUCGGGCGUCAGCUGCCCGACGGUCAUGUGCGAUAUUUUCUUCGCGCUACGAGAGUCCGCAGCGACACGUUUUCAGGUUGAUCCAGACGUGCGGUACACAGCUGUCAGUAGUUUCAUCUUCCUCCGGUUCUUUGCACCUGCGAUCUUGUCACCAAAUCUUUUUCACCUGCGGCCGCAUCACCCGGAUCUGUGCACGUCACGAACCCUCACUCUGAUCUCCAAAACCAUCCAGACUCUGGGGAGUCUCGCCAAGUCCAAAUCUGCCAAUUUCAAAGAGUCCUACAUGGCUGCAUUUUACGAUUACUUCAAUGAGCAAAAGUACGCUGAUGCUGUGAAAAACUUUCUAGAUCUGAUAUCAUCGUCCGGUCGCUGGGACCAGAAGAGCAUUGAGACGCCCAUCAUGCUAAAAGAAGGAUUCAUGAUCAAACGUGCUCAGGGGCGAAACCGCUUCGGUCUGAAGAACUUCAAGAAGAGAUGGUUCCGCCUCACUAACCACGAGUUCACGUACCAUAAAACCAAAGGAGAGGGCGCUCUGUGCAGCAUACCUAUAGAGAACAUUCUGGCUGUCGAGAGACUGGAGGAAGAAUCCUUCAAAAUGAAAAACAUGUUCCAGGUCAUCCAGCCAGAGCGGGCCCUCUACAUCCAGGCCAAUAACUGUGUGGAGGCACGCGACUGGAUCGAUAUCCUGACAAAAGUCAGUCAAUGUAACCGGAAGAGACUGAGCACGUACCACCCGUCCGCAUACCUCAACGGCCACUGGCUCUGCUGCAAGAUGUCUGCAGACACGGCGCCCGGCUGCACGCCCUGCACGGGUGGACUUCCUGCAAACAUUCAGCUAGAUGUGGAUGGUGACCGAGAGACUGAGAGAAUCUACUCGCUCUACAACACAUACAUGUCUAAACUAGUGAAGAUGCAGGAGGCGUGUGGCAGUAAGUCAGUGUACGACGGGCCUGAGCAGGAGGAAUACUCAACGUUUGUGAUCGAUGACCCACAGGAGACGUACAAAACUUUGAGACUCAUCAUUUCAGCUGUUCAGACGCUGGAGCAGCAGCACAUGCAAUACAAACGAGACAAAUUCAGGAAAACCAAGUAUGGCAGCCAGGAGCAUCCAAUCGGUGACCAGAGCUUCCAGUGCUACAUACGGCAGCAGUCAGAAAGCUCCACCUACUCCAUCUGACGACGAAUGGUCUCCACGGUUACUUCUCACACGCAGGACAAGUUGUGAUUGACAGAAAGGAGCAAGAGAUGUGCCUCUGCUUAUUUUAGGAAGACCGAUCAACAGCUUUCCCUGUGACAGUGGCCAAGCAUGUCACACGUCACAUGAUCCUGUGGACGAUGAAGCUCCGUCGCACGGCACAUUUUAACCUUUUAUGAUUUUUUAAGUAUAGACGUUUUUAUAAACUGAGAACAGUCGUCAGGACCAAACAACAGCUACUAGGAUGCUUUGCUGUCAGCAUUUCACUGGUGCACGUGCGAGACCUUCGGCAAGUGAUGGAGAUACCAGACUUUGAGGACCUGAGAUUUAAUACAAUAUUAACUGUUACUGUUGUUAUAACUCAUUCAAUGAGAGUGAUUAAUAUCGUCACCUUUUCAUUUUGUGGAAUCUAAAGUUUUGUGUCUGCACGCUGCCCUUCAUUCAGACGGUUCAGUGUUGUUUUGCAUUUUGCAAGCACCCCAUGGUUUUACAUGUCAGCCAAUCAUCAAGCAAGCUGAAGUAAUGCUGCAUUAUGGGAAAUGUACUUUUGUGUUUUAAAGCAUGACACAAGUUUAUUUUAAUGUUCUUGUUAAACAGAAUCAUGAUUUUAUAGUUAUUUACCCCAGUGUAAACCCAACCUAACUACCUUUGUACAAAAGAAUGAUCUAUACAUCUUUGUGUUUGUGUGUUUUAUACGUUCUGAUGCGUGUUGCUUUCUGUAGGUUGUGCUUUUCUCUGUAUUUUUACAACAUUUCUGUUCUCACGGCAUGCAACAUACAACGUGUGUAAAGACCUGUCAAGAUGAUCUUAGAUCAUAUUUCACCCCAAAAUCAAAAGAAAGAAAAAAGGAGAUUUUGCAUAUAGAAAAAAGCCACUCUAGAUUUUUGGCCAUUAUUGUCAUGACACUUUUAUCCCAUUAUUCUAGUGCAAAAAAAAACUAUUUGUCAUAACUGUAAUGCAAAUUAUUAUAAAUAUGUUAUUUAUAUGUUCCAAACUGAAACUCAAUUGUUAAAGGAUAGUACUUGCAACGACAAAGUUGUGGGUUUUCUAUUUCCAGUGAAUGAACUGAAAAACUAAAUUAUUUAUAUAUCAUGGUAGUGUUAUACUUUUUAUAUUGAUUUAAUAUAACACUAUUUUUAUUGCAAUACAUUAUUUUUACACCAUAUUUUGGUUGAUUUAAAGAGAAUUCCAAAAAUAGAAAAAUUUAUAUUGCAGGGAACAACCUCAGAGGUAAAAAGGUCUGGACAUUUGUCAUCUGUAAAUAAUUGUCUGAAUGUGGUACAGGCUUCGUUUUCUUUAUGCAAAUUAUUGAUGAUCUGACAUUUAUUUUGAGUGAAAUAUCCCCCGAGUAUGUUUUUAGUAGAUUUUCAGCUCUUGAGUCUAUACACAUUUUUAAUGUAUUGUUGUACAUGUAUAUUAACACACAGGGAUUAAUGACCUUUAUGUCCUUAUUUCAGCGGUUCUCAACAGGGGCCUCAAGAUGACCAAUAUUUUUUAAUUUGACAAAACUAGGAUUGAAAUACAUUUAAAAUUGAAAAAAAACCCAGAUAGUUCUUACUAUUUGGCCAUUUCUAUAAAUUUUCCAGUUAAUAGUAAGCUCUUAUAUAUUUGAUUGGGUAGAGAUUUUGUGAGUGGGAGGGGCCUUUGAAUAUUGAAUACAAUGGGGGGCCUUGCAGCCGAAAAGGUUGAGAACCCCUGCCUUGUUUGAUGCAUGUUUUAUUGGUAAUAUGUCAAAACAGUCCUUAGUUUCUUCCUAAAUUGAAAAGCUAUUUAUUUUUAUAUCACAAAAUUAUGCUUUUGUGGAAAAAAACUCCCAAAUUUAACCAGACGCACAGUAUAAAUGAAUAAUGCAAUAAUGUCAGUUUUGAAAAACUGUUUUGUUGAUUCACUUUUCAUGAGGGAACUCUGAUGACAGACUCCCUCAGACAGGAAACAUUGUGUUUAAAGAGUAUUUAUGUAGAUCUGUGUACAGAUUUGAAAGAUUAACCCGUGGAUGCAAAUGUAGGCGAUAGGAAAUGUACAUUUUCCGUGUUUGACUUGUUCUGAAAUAUUUUGUUUUUUUAAAGUACACCGGAGAAGAUGCAUCUCCAGGAUAUUUUAUAGAAAAAACAUUACCGAGAUCAAAAAUGAGUCAAGGAGAGAAAAAACAAUAUAUCCCCAAUAAAAAUAUAUUUGUUGUUGA